AUGGCUUCCAAAUUCUACGCUGUUGUCAUUGGCGCUGGUCCAGGCACAGGACGAGCAUCAGCCAUCAGAUUCUCCAAAGCGUAUCCUGUAGCUCUUUUGGCCAGGUCGCCCGAAAGUUACGAGGCAACAGUCGAGGAAAUCAACGCCGCGGGUGGAAAAGCCAUUGGAAUCAAUGCUGACGCCAGCAACCCUGAUUCGCUCAAGGCCGCUUUUGAAACCAUCAACAAGGAGUUUGCUGGUCACAAGUUGGCUGCAGCCAUUUACAAUGCUUCGGCAGGGUAUGGCGUCAAACCCUUUCUGGAGGUCAAGCUUGAGGAUCUGGAUCGCACAAUUGAAGGAAACAUCCGUGGUCUUUUCAACUUUGCCCAGAGCACAUUGCCUCUCCUUGAGGACGCCGUAUCUAGCUCCAGGUUUCCACCCACCCUCAUUGUCACGGGCGCCACGGCAUCUAUUAAAGGGUCAGCAAGAUUCGCGUGCUUUGCUGCCGGCAAGUCUGGCGCUAGAGCUCUGGCUCAAUCUAUUGCUCGCGAGUACCAACCCAAAGGCGUUCAUGUUGCACACGCCGUUGUGGACGGUGUGAUCGACAUUCCCAGGACGCAGAGUUACAAUGUCAAUGGAGGGGCUGAAGAUGGCAAGAUCAGUGCCGAUUCUAUUGCCGAGACAUAUUGGAACCUACAUACGCAGCAUAGGUCAGGCUUCACCUGGGAGGUUGAUAUUAGGCCCUACGUAGAGAAGUGGUAA